UGUGUUUCUUUUAUCAGCGCCCUCCUGGUCUCCCCCGUUAGAAUGACGUGCAGCCUCCCCGCUUCUGCGCGUUAUCCUGCAGGAGAUUCCAGUAUCCCAGCUUGUAAACGGGCUCAAAACCUCCUGCUAAAGAGGAGCUCGACAGAGGCAAUGCGUCCCAUUUAAACGCGUGUGGAGCCGGGGGAAAGAGGCUGUCCUCCUGGGUAUAUGAUGUGCGAUUUUAACAGCAAAUGGGUGAAGUUAAUCAGGUGUCUGGGGAGAAAGCACGCUGCGUCCCAGCGAGACAGGGGAACAGAAGAUAUGACGUCUUCCUUCAUAAUAAUGGACGUAUUUCGUUCGGCUUUCCAGUUUACAUAAUGGCAGGUGUUUCUGCCAGCAUGCUCUUUCCUGGCACUAAGGCAGCCGAGGACGCUGCUGCCAAUAGCUGCAGAAAACAAAUUCUUAAAAUCCCCUCAUCGCACUUUCUCUAAACUCAGAGUCAAUACAGUAGAAGCAGCGCUCUUUCCUCAGCCCUGGUGUUAAACUCCUGGCCGCAGUCUUAUUGGACUGACAGUACAGUCUGGAGGAGAACCCCGAACGAGACUGCUGACGGUAGAUUUAAUACUGGGUCUAGAAUCACUGCGUCACACAUCGAGAGCAACCUCCAGCCUCUGCAAAAAUGAACUUGGGGAUUGUGGUGGUGCUGUUUACGAUUAAGGUCAUUAUUAAUACAUUUGUGUUAAGGUUAUACAAAAAAAAAAAAACACAAAAAACCAGUACAGUACGUUCUGUGCGUUUAUAGUGACACCGGAUACAACAGAGCUCUCGACUUGAUUAGAGGGAGCCACUUCUAAUCCUAUCACGACAGAGGAGAAUCCACAUCACUGCGCCCUGCAGGAGUCGGCCAGAUUCCCGAACGGUGAUUUAACCCUGAAGACCGAAGGAGAGCGCAGCCCUGUCGCUGUCCCACAGCAGCUCCUCCUCGUGCCCGCGGAUGGAGAAGUACGAGAAGAUGGGGAAGAUCGGGGAGGGCUCGUACGGGGUCGUGUUCAAGUGCAGGAACAGAGACACGGGACAGAUCGUGGCCAUCAAGAAGUUCGUAGAGUCCGAAGACGACCCUGUCAUUAAGAAGAUCGCCCUGAGGGAAAUCCGGAUGCUGAAGCAACUGAAGCACCCGAACCUGGUGAAUCUGAUCGAGGUGUUCCGACGCAAGCGGAAGCUGCACCUGGUGUUCGAGUACUGCGACCACACCGUGCUGAACGAGCUGGACCGCUACCCCAGAGGGGUACCCGAGCACCUGGUGAAGAGUAUAACUUGGCAGACGCUCCAGGCCGUAAACUUCUGUCACAAACAGAACUGCAUUCACAGGGAUGUGAAGCCGGAGAACAUCCUCAUCACCAGACACCAGGUCAUUAAACUGUGUGACUUCGGAUUUGCCAGGAUACUGACCGGCCCCUGUGAUUACUACACAGACUACGUUGCGACACGCUGGUACCGGGCCCCAGAGCUGCUGGUCGGGGACACACAGUAUGGGCCCCCUGUGGAUGUCUGGGCCAUCGGCUGCGUCUUCGCAGAGCUGCUCUCUGGCAUCCCCUUGUGGCCGGGCAAAUCGGACGUGGACCAGCUCUACCUCAUCAGGAAAACACUGGGUGAUCUCAUUCCCAGGCAUCAGCAGGCGUUCAGUACUAACCAGUUCUUCAGUGGAGUCAGCAUCCCUGUGCCAGACAACAGGGAACCUUUAGAAUUGAGAUUCCCGGGUGUUUCUUCCCAGGUGCUGGGGUUAAUGAAGGGCUGUCUGCGGAUGGACCCUGCGGAGAGGCUGGCGUGUGGGCAGCUCUUGGAGCACCCGUACUUCGACAGCCUGCGUGAGGACAGUGAGGCAGCGGCGGCGGGGAGGGAGCAGGAGCGUGCCACCAAGAGGAGGGCCAGGCUGCCACGCAAACACCUCCCGCCCGGGUAUUUGCCUCAGCUCACCGGCAGCAACAUAUUCCCAUCGUCGGACAAUAAGAAACACAGCAACCUGCGGAAAUUCAAUUACCACUUUCCCAACAUCUAACCUCCGCGUGUCGGAGCCUGAAGAACAGGACACCUUCAGGGACUCGGGAGGGGUGGAAAACAAGCGAGGCAGGUGUAGACAAGCACCUACUGCAAAAACUAAAAAAACAACAACACAAAACAAAAGCUGUUGAGUUUUUCCAGUGCAGCGAGACCAGUGAAGACUGGAGGUUCUAAGUGGAGCUGCAGUCUGAUGGGGUUCUCCUGGGCACUGGUGUUGAUUUAUUUUCUCCUUGAUGUAAUGAUUUCUUUCUUCUUUCUUUGUGUGUCUGUGAUGACAAGGUACUCUACACACAGUUCCGCUGAUACAUUUCUUACCCGACACGCUGGGCAAAGCAGAACCAUACUGCCUUCAACUGAUCUACUUGCAGUGCAGUGCGUCAGCUGAAGUUUGCCAAUCGAUACUUCUAAUGUAUUUUUAUGCACCGCAUGGGCAUACCUCUGCUCAGUGUUCAAAAGGGUCCUAAUAGGAACCAUGACAAGGGCUUCAUGAUCAUGUGAAACAAGACUGCAGAAGUUGAUCAAAUCAACCCCCUUGUAUGCCGUGUCAGCUCAACCCCUUGGAUAGUCACAUGGGCUUGCCUUGUCUUUCUGUGCAAACACAAACCCGCUUCCUCACAUUUCAGUUGCCUUGUUGGCUAUUUUAUAGGGAAACAAAAAGCCUUGCCAUGUGACAGCUGGGGAUGCACACACAAAAUGCAUUAUACCACUAUGAGGACUUUUACUGCGCAAAAAAAUACAGACUUUUGGAUUAAGAAACUCAAAGUUUCUGAAUCCUCCCCAGCACUCGGUCCUGUCUGAAUGCAGCCCUCUGUCAGGGAGCAGAGUGAGAAGAAGCUGCUGCCUCUGUUUAUCUGUGUGUCGCAUGGCCAGGGCUGCAAACUGGGAUUGUUACAUUUGUUCUUGGUUUUUAGGACCACAACAUGCCAAAUUAAAAAAAAAAUAAUAAUAAUAAAUCACAUUAAUGUUAUUAUUUAUUAUUAUUUUUAGCAAAUCCACUCAAAUCGUAGACUUUGGAUUUGCCCAAAGUUACUUGUGUAAUUUUUGUAUGGAGUAAUUUUAAAAACGAGGUAUCAAAUACAAAUAUUGAAUAUAAAAAAUAAAACCGCUUGUAAAGUGCUUUAUUAAAUUUGUGUUGAAA